AUGGACCCUAUCAAACUUAAAGGAAUUGCAGAAUGGCCUGAACCAAGCACGGUAAAAGGUGUUCGCUCUUUCCUAGGGUUUGGAAACUUCUAUCGGAAGUUUAUUGCCAACUUCUCAGAUAUUGCCAAACCAUUGACGAAUCUUACGCGCACUGCCGCUGGAUCUCCACCUUUUGAAUGGACAACAGAAUGUCAGACAGCUUUCGACACAUUGAAGCAACGAUUCAGUACCGCCCCAGUACUGUUACUGCCUGACAAGGCAAAACCCUUUAUUGUUGAAUCCGACGCUUCCAAGUUUGCUACGGGUGCAGUUUUACACCAAGCCGACAUCAAUGGAGACCUCCAUCCUUGUGCCUACAUUUCACAGACGCUCAAUCCAGCUGAACGGAACUACGAAAUCUACGACCGUGAACUCCUCGGAAUCAUUCGAGCCCUCACUGAAUGGCGCCAUUAUCUUGAAGGCUCUCCCCAUCCCGUCGAAGUUCGCAGUGAUCACAAGAACCUCACAUACUUCCGUACAGCUCAGAAGUUAAACCGCUGA